UUAUGCGUGCCUUGUCGUCGUGAAGUGAACUCGUGAAGUUUGUUUCCGUCCGUUGAGAAAUAUUUGGUGAAAUAUACGUACCAUGCAGUCAUGUAACGAUUUCUCAGUAACUUUUUAUAAAUUUUAAUAUGAUGCAUUUCGAUUUACAAUUACGCAAAGUGUGAUCACAAUAGCGGUGUCGUUUACAGGAGUGCCUUGGAAAAGUUUUACAACGAAUUCUAAAGUUGUUCAAGUGUUGUUGUUCUGUUGUAACUGUUUUAUAAUGUGUGAUUAAGGCUUCUAAGUGUUUUGAUAAGAAGAGGAUUGUUGCAAUUCAAAGAUAGCAUGGCGUAGUUAAAGACAACGCCAAUUGCUGUCUGACGGCGUGUCGAUAUUCUUUCUAACACUGACUUGAUGCGGUGACACGAUGGACGCGGCGGACAAGCGCAUGCUGGAGCGCGAGGCGCUCCGCAACAUGAUCCAACAGUGGAACGCCAACCGGCUCGAUCUGUUCGAGCUGAGCGAGCCCAACGAGAAUUUGGAGUUCCAUGGGGUUAUGCGGUUUUAUUUCCAAGACUCGGGGCAGAAGAUAGCGACGAAGUGUAUCCGUGUUGCCUCCGAUGCCACCGUCAGCGAUGUCAUAGAAACCCUGAUCGAGAAGUUCCGCCCAGACAUGCGAAUGCUGUCGCUCGGCUCAUACUCUCUGUGGGAGACGCACGGGCCCGACGACGAGCGACGACUCGAGCCGCACGAGAAACCGUUGCUGGUGCAGUUGAACUGGCACGCGGAUGAUCGCGAGGGCCGGUUCUUGCUCAAAUGCACUACUAAUGCUGACAAUUCCCUGUCGUCGGUCAACGAGAAAGGUGACCAAAACUUCAAGCGGAAAUUGUCCAAACGCGAAAAGAAAGAGCUCAAGAAGAAGGAGAAACUAUCCAGACUGAAGUCCGACUCGAACAACGAGAACAGACCUGUUGCUGAGAAACUUUACACAGAGCUGCCGGAGACGUCGUUCACACGUAGCAUCAGCAACCCCGAGGCCGUGAUGCGGCGGCGCCGGCAACAGAAGCUGGAGCGGAAACUGCAGCAGUUCCGCUCCAAAGAUGGCGGCCCCGACACCGGCGGCACGUUGAAAAUAUACGGUUCAUCGCUAUGCCCCGACGUGCCGUACAAGACACUGCUCCUGUCCGUCGGCGACACGGCGGCGGGCGUCGUCCGCGAGAUGCUCGACAAGUACGGCCUGUCGCGACACGACCCGCAACACUUCUGCAUCGUUCAGGUGGACACGACAGACAACUCCGAAAGCAUCCUCGAGGACGACGAGUGCCCGCUUGCCAUCGUGAUGACACACCCACACCGCAGCUCCAUCAUGUUCCACGUGCGGCGGCGGCCGGCGGACUCGCAGCCGCGGCGGCGCAAGAAGAAGACCGCCGGCUGCGGGGCGGGCUGCGGCGCGGGCGGCAGCAGCGCGCGGCCCGGCUGCGAGCCCGUGCUCGUCGAGGUGGCGCCCGACGGCUCCGCGCUAGAGAACGGCCGCCGAGUGCGCAUCACCGGCGACAUGCUCGAGAAGACCGCCUGGUGCGGGGCGGGCUGCGGCGCGGGCGGCAACAGCGCGCGGCCCGGCUGCGAGCCCGUGCUCGUCGAGGUGGCGCCCGACGGCUCCGCGCUAGAGAACGGCCGCCGAGUGCGCAUCCCCGGCGACAUGCUCGAGGUGGGGUCGGGCAACGGCACGGCGCUCCAGCUGUACGGGCCGUCGAUCCAACCGCGGCACUGCGUGGUGGCGGCGGGCGAGGCGGGCGGCUACGUGGUGACGCCGCUGCACGCCGACGCGCACGUCUAUGUCAACGGGCGCCGCGCGAUCGCACCGCACUCGCUGCCGCUGCAGCACGGGUGUUUACUGAAAUUCGGGCGAGUGUCGACAUUCCGCUUCGUGGACCCGAACCAAGAGAACAUCCUCAACCGAAACCUUUCCCAGUCGCAACACUUCGGCUCCGGCUCCAUAUACGACAGGUCGCCAGAGGGCGGGCGCGCCCUGUCCGGCGCCAUGUCGCCGACGUCCGUGGACGAGGCGCCGCACGCCGACGAGUACCGCCCCAUGAGCCCCGACCGCGCCUACUCGCCCUACCGCGACGCCAACGACACCCUCACCCCCUACAACAACAACACGCUCAAACUCGACAACGACUCCGUCGUGUCGCACCUCAACGACUCCAAGGAGGAUUACCUGCGCGACGACCACACGCCCUCCAUCUACGACCAGGACCACUCGCAGAAUAGAACCAACAACUCGCAGUAUAAGGACAACUACGAGACCACCUUCGAUCUAGAUGGGAACGUCGAGACCAAAAGCAUUUGCAGCGCGAAAAGCGGAGGCUCUGGACACGACAACAGGAUGAGUGCGACAGUGGGCAGCGCGGCGCGGCCUGGCCAGGAGGCCAUCCUGCCGGCGGUGCUCGAGUUCCCCGAGGCGGGGCAGGCGCAGUUCCUCGCCGCCGUCAUCACGCGCCUCGACCCGCACGCGCCCGCCUUCAAACUCGCGCCCGUCUACACGCUCUACCUCUGUGCCAGGUACCGCGCGUCGACGCACUACCGGCCCGAGCUGACGCCCACCGAGCGCGCGCACAAGCUCACGGCGUUCCUGCACCACGUCGCCACGCUCAUACACGCCACUGUGCAGGAACGAUGUACAGACUCAGCCGCGCAAGCAUUCUGGAUGGCGAACGCGAGCGAACUCCUACACUUCCUCAAAUGCGACAGACACAUAUCCUCCUUCUCCACGCAGGCGCAGGAAUUACUGCCCGCCACUGUGCAAAACGCCUUUAGCAACCUAGUGUCAUGCUUCCAAGAGGAGCUGUCCCGGGCGUUGGGCACGCUGACGAACCCCUCGCUGACGGACGCGACCGAGGCGACGGCGCCGACGCUGCAGGCGCUGGCCGCCGCCAUGGUGCUGCUGCGCCGCUGCCGCGUCAACGCCGCGCUCACCAUACAGCUGUUCUCGCACCUCUUCCACUACAUCAACGCUGUCUGCUUCAACAAGCUGGUGACGGAGCCAGGCACGGUGUCUGCGCGGUGGGGCUCGGCGCUGGCGGCGCGCCUGGCGCUGCUGGCCGCGUGGGCCGAGCGCCAGGGGCUCGAGCUGCCGGCAGACUGCCAUCUCGCGCGCACACAUCAAGCGGCCCGGCUGAUCAGCGGCACGUACCGCACGGCGGAGGAGGUGCGCGCGGCGCUGGCGGCGUGCUUCAAGCUGAACUCGGUGCAGGUGCGCGCGCUGCUGGCGCCGCUGGCGCCGCCCGACGUGGUGGACGCCGCCGCGCACCACGCGCGCGCGCUCGCCGACGAGCUGUGCCGCGCCGACGGACGCGAGAUAACGCUAGAAGAGAGCUCAUGGCUCGGCGUAGGGCUGCUGAUCCCCGGCGACGGUUUCAGCGCGGAAGUGGUCCGCGGCGUGCCGCCCGGGCUGGCGGAGUUCGUGGCGCCGCUGCAGCGCGGCGGGCUGUGCCGGCUCGCGCACCAGCCGCACGCGCGCGGCGUGUGGACCGUCUACAUGACGGGCUACGGCGCCCUGCACCGCCGGCCGCCCGACCCCGCCGUGCACAUCAUACAGCUCAAUAAGAACUCUAAUGGAAUGGGACUCAGCAUUGUUGCCGCUAAAGGUGCGGGUCAAAGCAAGUUGGGUAUCUACAUCAAGUCGGUGGUGCCGGGCGGCGCGGCGGCGGCGGACGGGCGGCUGGCGGCCGGCGACCAGCUGCUGUCCGUCGACGGCCAGUCGCUUGUCGGCAUCACGCAGGAGAAGGCGGCGGAGUACCUGGUGCGCACGGGGCCCACGGUGACGCUGGAGGUGGCCAAGCAGGGCGCCGUGCUGCACGGGCUGGCCACGCUGCUGCACCAGCCCGCCUACAACAACAAGCAGGGAUAUCGGCGUCCGUGUCACGACCGAUGUCACCUCCUCAGAGACGAGUCCACAGAAUCUAGCACCUCGGAGAGCGAGGAGUGUCACCCGCACUACCACGGCUCCAUCCCGCGACUGAUCAUAACGUUGGACCGCGAGAACAACCAGCUGCAGGAGGACCUGUCCCCGGACACGCCGGGCUGCCCGCUCGAGCUGAAGGGCCCGCCGCCGCCGCGACCGAUACCCAUAUUCACGUUCACGUGCGAGGACUUCGACGAGCAGCAGGCCGGCAGCGACACCACGUACGACAGCCACGUGCCGGAGCCGCCGCCGCCGCCCUGCCCGCCCGCGGCCGCCGAGCCCGAGGGCGAGCCGCCGCGCCUGCCGCCGCAGAUGCGGCCCAUCGACACGCGGCUCACGCUCGAGCUGUUCCGCGACGAGCGGCCGCAGUUCCGGCGCCGCUGCACCGUGCCCGACGAGUGCGUCAGCGCGUGCGAGUGCUGCCGCACGCCACAGCCCGAGGCGCCCCAGAUCCCCUACAUCGACGAGCCCGCCUUCGAACCGUUCAUCUUCGAGGACGCGCGCGUCGCGACGCCCAAGACCCGCCGCAUCCUCCCCUCGAUGUCCCUCGACCGGCCCGACGACAAGCCCGAGACGGCCGACGCCGUCUGCCAGACUCCCUCCUCCCCCAUGGACGUCGACGUGAAACAUUACCCCGCGCCCCCGACUCCGCAGGGCAGAAAGCUCGAGCUCAAAUUAGAUGUCAGUAAGGAUGCCAAUAAAAUAGAAGAUAUACAUUGUAGGUUAAGAAGAGCGUUGUUCACUAUGACGAAGUCGUAUUCUAGUAAAUCCGAGGGCGCCGCGGAACCCUCGAAUUCUACGUCAGAGUCGUUCGACGAUACGAUAAACGAUAAAAAUAUAUUCGGGAGAAGCAAUUUCCCGACUCCUGUGGAGGCGGGGGCGAAGCAGGUUCUAGAUAGCGUCGAUCGUAAAUCGUGGAAGUCGCCCGACGAGUAUCGCCCCGCCUUCGGUAGGGUUAAAGCUCUAACGAAACGGUUCAACGACAUCAACCUGCGAUACUGUGUCAAAAACUAUAAGAGAAACUGCCAGUCGAGUCCUAAUCUUAGUUGUCGAAAUGAAAAACCUUUUAGAUUGAAAGAAAAUUUACCCGCUAGCUCUAGUUUAGUCGAUAUACAGUACGAGUCGUUAAUAACGGACACUAGCGAAACGAAGGGGGAGAAAAUGUCCGAAUACGAGGUGAAGAGCAUUCUGAUACAACUGGAGGACUGGUCGCGGUACGGGUCGCGGGGCAGCGAGGACACGCUCGCGCAGGGCAACGAGUUCGAGCUGCCCAACCUGCCCUCCGAGGAACACUCCGACAACAACGCCACCGCUUACGUAUUCAACGAAAUAAUAGACAAAAAACCCAAAGUGAUCACGCUGGAGAACAUAAGACUGAAAUCGAACCAAUCGAGCGUCACCUCGGAUACGAGACAGAGCAAAGAAUCGCUUAAAAGUAGCGCCGAAUCGAGUUCAAAAGCGCCCGUCGCCGAGGAUAUUUUGUCGCAAAAGAGUUCUAUUUCGCUUUUGGACGUGUCUCGGGGCGCGUCACGGCGGCCGUCGUACUCGGCGGUGGUGCAGAGCUGCCCCAACAUCAGCGCCGGCAGCGCGCGCGGGCGCGCCGCGUGCGCCGCGCUGGCCGCGCGCCACAGCUGCCCCGCCGUGGCCCCGUGUCCCCUGGGCGCGGCGCGGCGCGCGUCGGAGCGCGACCUGCCGUCGCGGCUGGCGGCCGAGCCCGUCAAGCCCAGCAAGAGCACGCCCGCGCUGCACCACGCCGACCCGCCGCCCGACCCCGCGCAGCCCCUGCCUCACAGUGUGAACAUGCACCCGGUGAGCGCCAGCGUGGCCAACGUGAGCCAGGUGGGCGCGGCGGGGCCGGCCGCCAGCGUGUGGGCCGGCAAGUCGCGCAGCAGCCACAACCUCGCGCAGCCCGCCGACGGCUUCUACCAGAACCUGCCCGCGCACACCCACCACAACCUGCACGACAGAUGGUCGUCGUUACGCAGCUCGACGGGCAGCAACCGGCCACAGUCGGCGCACUACGCGCCCGCGCCUCUCGAGACGUCGCCCGAUUCGCCUCAACAACAUCAACAAAACCAAAUGAACGCCAUAAACGCGCGGUCGGCCAAGCUAGCGGAGAUGUCCGAGGAAGUGACUCGGCGGCAGCAGAUGCAGUACCAACUGGCGCAGCAGAAGGCCGCCACGCUCCCGGCGCACCCGCACCAGAGCAUGAUGAGCCCCCAGCACGUGCACCCCAUGCACCAGCAGCACUACCCCAACCACCUCAACAUGCAUCCCAACAUGCCGCCGAACAUGCAACCUCCCAUGUCGCCGAACAUGCAACCUCCCAUGUCGCCAAACAUGCAACCGCCUAUGUCACCCAACAUGCAGCAGCCCAUGUCGCCGAACAUGCAACAGGGCAUGCAGGCGAUGCAGCAGAACAUGCAGCAAAACAUGCAAGGCAUGCAAGGGAACGUGCAAGGAAACAUGCACCAGCAACAUCAGCACAUGCAUGCCCCCGUGCAGAGCCCGCCGCCCCAACAACUCUACCACAACCAGCAUCAGCCACAGCAGAGGUACGAGUGGCACCCGCCGGGGCCGCCGUCACCACAGCGCGCGCAGCCGCCAGUAGCACCCAAACCUCAGGGAGCAAGACGACCAGAGUCUGAACUAGAAGAGCAUUAUCACCAACACAACCAGCAACCGCAACAGAGUUCGAUACAACCCGAUGACGAGCGGUACGUGGCUUCGGCUCUGGAGCCUCCCCCGGGCCCGGCGGGGCCGUACCCGGCGCCGGGGCCGGCGGGGGGCAGCGGGCCGGCCGCGCACAACCCCUGGCAGCGCGAGGAGCGCGAGCGCCAGCAGGAGCAGCGCCGCGCACAUGCACGCAGUCGCCGGGACGCAGCGAUAGCAUCACUACUAGGUCUCGGCGCGGCGCGGACGCCCGCCCAGAACCAGCAGCUGCGCGCGCUGCAGCUGGAGCGCGAGUUCGAGCGGCGCGCCACGCAGCAGGCCGAGGACGGCGCCGCCGACGCCGCCGAGUCCGACCCCGAGCCCGACCAGCCGCAGCCGCCGCAGCCGCCCAAGUCCAUCCUCAAGACCAACCACGCGCCGCGCACCGACCACACCAACGGAUACGCGCACGACACGAGCGGAACGGGUCAGGGCCCGGGUCCGGGGCCGGAAGCGGAGGCGGCGGAGGCGCUGGGCGGGCUGUCGCUGGCGCCGCCGCCGCCGGAGCGCGGCUCGUCGUUCGCCGUCAUGGCCACGCGCGCAAGAGCGCUGUCGCCGCCGCAACAACCCAAGCCCGCUCAGGCGCACACCCCACACUCCCCGCCGGGCUCGGGGCCGGGCGCGGCGCGCGACAAGCGCGUGUCGUUCCACGAGCGCGCCGCCCCCCCCGCGCCGCCCGCGCCGCCCGCCUCCUCGCCGCCGCCGCUGCACGAGACGCCGCCCAUCGAGGACCCCGACCGCUUCAUUGAGGAGGCGGAGAGCAUGCUGUCGGGCGGGCUGUCGCCGAGCACGCCGCCCGCCGCGGCCGUGCACACGCCCGGCGUCAUCGGCGCGCAGGAGGUCUACAGGGACCCGCGGCAGAGGCGGCUGGCGGAGAAGCAGGCGGCGACGAGCGCGGCGCCGGUGCCCGAGCAGCUGUCCUUCAAGGAGAAGAUGAAGAUGUUCGCGCUGGAGGCCGGCGACCCCAACACGCCCAAGGACAAGGUGAAGAUAUCGCGCGCGCAGCGGGACAUCGACGCCGUGCACUGAGCGACACGAGACCACGCCCGCCGUGCAUCAUCCAUACUUACUAACAUUUAUAUACAGUAUUAAACUGGGUAUGCAACUUUAUUGUUGACCCUUCCCAUUAUUGGCACGUUCACUUACUAUCAUAGUUAUAAAGACGAUACUACUACCCAAGGGUGAUAUUCCGCCUAUUCAAUUUCUUUGUCCAAUGUGUAUUGCGUCUCACAUUUUGCUUUAAUAAGCGAGUGAGACGCACUGACAUUGGACAGGUGGAAUACUACCCUAAAUCGCGAGUCAACAUUAGACCUUGAAAGUGUCAAUAACCGAGUAAUUGACCCCGUAAAGAGUGCAGCGUCUCGGCAGCUUAUCCCUAGCUGUAACCCGGAGCUUUUACCGAUCGUGGUCUUCGACCCUGUAAGGCAUCUGCGUUUUUUUGUAUCCCUAUUUAUAGUAUAUUGCGUAUACCCCGUGAGACCACGAUUUGCCUUUUACACAUGCAGCACCAAUUUACAUGUAGAUUGAUAAGUAUCUUUUUACAAACGAAUAUAUUUUUAUGAUGAUAAUAAAUUUUGAUUGUUGUUUACAUACGUCGCCUUAGCAGCUAGUGCAAUGAUUAUUUAUAUAUCUACAUAGACUUGUACCAGAUAUUGUUAUAUUAAAUAUGAUUCCCACUUGCAGGUCACAACAGUACGAUUGUCUAACUUUUCAGUUUAUUUGCAAUGUAAUGUGACUGGCACUCUCGUGUCUGAUUAUUAUUAUCCUGACUGCAAAUUAAGUAUAUGAAUCCAAUUGUUUUUUAAAUAAAUUUCAACUAUGUAACGAUUCUCACUUUGGCAACUGUGUUGCUGUGGUCUGUAAGUUCAAUAUAUUUGGUUGAGAUCCAGGUUGACCUAUAUUUUGAUCAUGCACUCUUGUGAAUUAAUUUAUGGCAUAUAAAAAUGUUGUCAAUUUCUGGAGAUUCAAAAUUUACUGGUGCCAUUAUAUUAUGUGAUUGAUUGUAACAUAGAAUGUAAUUCUCGGGUGGACCAAUAAUCAGUGUCGACGUCAGAAGGUGCCUUUUCGUGGACCUUAAUGAGCUACACAUAGUAUGUCUCUCAUAUCGGCUCCGCUGUCUAUUUUUAUUCAAUUUAUCUCUACCUACGAUUAAAGCUUCGUCACAUUCCAAAGAAUAUGUAUCUUAUUCUUUUAUUACUUUAAGAAUCAUUCCUAAUAAAUCUUUCUAAAAUUUAUUCAUUGUACAUGUGCGUGUGUAACACUAUAUCUAAUACAUUUCAUAUCAUGUGGAUAAAUUUAAUAUAUUCGAGUCUCUAGUAUUCGAAUCUAACAAAAUGGAUCCAGUAUGUACUUUAAUUAUAAAGCAAUAAAUUAUUGUAAAGCCUUUGUGUAUAUACUUAAAUAAGAAUAAGCACAUGUUUGUGCCAAAAUUUAAUACUUAUGUGACAAAAUGAAGAGGAGAGUUUGUGUAAACAGCUAGAGUAUCAUCGUCCUCGUCACGACACGUCCUCGCACGCCCGCCGCGCGAAACUGGAAGCUAUUUCUAGAUAUCCUUAAAGUUAAAAAAACUCAUGGCACCAAUUUAUUAUGUACUAGUUAUGUAAAUAUUUGUAGGUAGGAAAGUCCCUAUGGUUACGUUAAGGUUUUUUGUACACCUGUUUGUAUAUGUAAAUGUUUAUUUAUAGAUGAUUAUAUAGAGAGUUUACAUAUGAAAUUAAGACGCGAGGCCUAUUGGAGUUAGUAUUAAUUUAGUUCCUGAGAAUCGUUUACAGUGUUCUCAGUAUUCACCCAACGAUAGUCAAUUAGCAAGAGAUUGAGAUUUAUUUGUAGAGGAGUUUUAUGUUUGUAGGCUGUACAUACGAUACACCUGAACAAGUAGCGACUACGACAGCUCCGAUAUACAUUUGUAAGGUUUUUAAGUGGAAUAAUUAUUACACAAAUCCAUUCUAUUGUUAUUAACCGUAAUUAUUAUACUUCAUCUACUUGAGAAAGUAAUAAAAUAAAAUAACAUGUA